ACAUAAGAGGCAGCGGCAGCUCCGGUCAGUCAGUCAGUAGUCAGUCACGUAAACACCCGUUCUCUUAAAUUAGUCACUUUAAGCUUCGCGAUACCGCCCCCAAUUUCAGCGUCGGUACGGAGCCGGCAGGCCGGGACAGAGUCGGAGAGAGAGGCCUCGGCCAUGGAAGCGCUCGGACCCGGCCCGCCUGCCCCGACCUCUCUCUUCCAGCCUCCGCGACGUCCCGGCCUGGGCACGGUGGGGAAACCUAUCCGUUUGCUGGCCAACCACUUCCAAGUGCAGAUUCCCAAGAUUGAUGUCUAUCACUAUGAUAUUGACAUCAAACCUGAGAAACGGCCUCGGAGGGUCAACAGGGAGGUGGUGGACACCAUGGUGCGGCACUUCAAGAUGCAGAUCUUUGGUGACCGGCAGCCUGGGUAUGAUGGGAAGAGGAACAUGUACACAGCACAUCCACUGCCCAUAGGGAGAGACAGGGUGGACCUGGAGGUGACGUUACCUGGUGAGGGCAAAGAUCAGACUUUUAAGGUGUCUUUGCAGUGGGUGUCUGUGGUCAGCCUUCAGAUGCUACUGGAAGCACUCUCUGGUCACCUUAAUGAGGUCCCCGAGGACUCUGUUCAAGCUCUGGAUGUCAUCACACGGCAUUUACCUUCUAUGAGGUACACUCCAGUGGGGAGAUCCUUUUUUUCUCCUCCUGAGGGUUACUACCACCCUUUGGGUGGAGGCAGGGAGGUGUGGUUUGGUUUCCAUCAGUCUGUCCGUCCCGCCAUGUGGAACAUGAUGCUCAACAUUGAUGUCUCGGCCACUGCCUUCUACCGUGCUCAGCCUGUGAUCGAGUUUAUGUGCGAGGUGCUUGAUAUACAGAACAUCAACGAACAGACCAAACCCCUGACUGACUCGCAGCGUGUCAAAUUCACCAAGGAAAUAAGAGGCUUGAAGGUUGAGGUCACACACUGUGGUCAGAUGAAGAGGAAGUAUCGAGUGUGCAAUGUUACACGACGACCUGCCAGCCACCAAACGUUCCCCUUACAGUUAGAGAAUGGCCAAGCCAUGGAGUGCACAGUAGCUCAGUAUUUCAAGCAGAAGUACAAUCUACAGCUCAAGUAUCCACAUCUGCCCUGCUUACAAGUGGGGCAGGAACAGAAGCACACAUACCUUCCCCUGGAGGUCUGUAACAUUGUUGCAGGCCAGCGCUGUAUCAAGAAACUGACUGACAACCAGACGUCCACCAUGAUCAAAGCGACAGCUCGCUCAGCCCCUGACAGGCAGGAAGAGAUCAGCCGACUGGUCAAAAGUAACAGUAUGGUUGGGGGCCCGGACCCUUAUCUGAAAGAAUUUGGCAUUGUGGUGCACAAUGACAUGACAGAGGUGACAGGGCGUGUCCUCCCAGCGCCCAUGCUGCAGUAUGGGGGCCGGGUGAGUACAGACACAGGGAGGGACUGUGGCAGGGGACUCUCUCCACAGAAUAAAACCGUGGCCACGCCCAACCAGGGUGUGUGGGACAUGAGAGGGAAGCAGUUCUAUGCUGGCAUUGAGAUCAAAGUCUGGGCCGUGGCCUGCUUUGCACCCCAGAAACAGUGUCGGGAGGACUUGCUAAAGAGCUUCACUGACCAGCUGCGAAAAAUCUCAAAGGAUGCUGGGAUGCCCAUUCAGGGUCAGCCAUGUUUCUGUAAAUAUGCACAAGGAGCUGACAGUGUGGAGCCCAUGUUCAAACACCUCAAGAUGUCUUACGUAGGCCUGCAGCUCAUUGUGGUCAUCUUGCCCGGCAAAACGCCUGUCUAUGCUGAGGUGAAACGUGUGGGGGACACCCUCCUUGGCAUGGCCACCCAGUGUGUCCAGGUGAAGAAUGUAGUGAAGACGUCCCCUCAGACCCUCUCCAACCUCUGCCUCAAGAUCAAUGCCAAACUGGGCGGCAUCAACAAUGUCCUGGUGCCUCAUCAGAGGCCUUCUGUGUUCCAGCAGCCUGUCAUCUUCCUGGGUGCUGACGUCACACAUCCACCAGCAGGCGAUGGGAAGAAACCGUCCAUCGCCGCAGUCGUGGGCAGCAUGGAUGGCCACCCGAGCCGAUACUGUGCCACGGUCCGCGUUCAGACGUCUCGACAAGACAUGUCUCAGGAGCAGCUUUUCAGUCAGGAGGUCAUUCAGGACCUGACCAAUAUGGUUCGAGAGCUGCUCAUCCAGUUUUAUAAGUCCACACGUUUCAAGCCCACGCGCAUCAUCUAUUAUCGUGGAGGCGUGUCUGAAGGACAGAUGAAACAGGUAGCGUGGCCGGAGCUGAUAGCCAUCCGGAAGGCAUGCAUCAGUCUAGAGGAGGACUACAGGCCCGGCAUCACCUACAUUGUGGUGCAAAAACGCCACCACACGCGUUUGUUCUGCUCUGACAAAGCUGAAAGGGUUGGGAAGAGUGGAAAUGUCCCAGCUGGCACAACAGUGGACAGCACCAUCACGCACCCGUCCGAAUUUGACUUCUACCUGUGUAGCCACGCUGGGAUUCAGGGAACUAGUCGCCCCUCCCACUAUCACGUCCUGUGGGAUGACAACUGUUUCACAGCCGACGAACUGCAGCUCCUCACCUACCAGCUGUGCCACACCUACGUGCGCUGCACACGCUCCGUUUCCAUCCCAGCACCGGCCUACUAUGCCCGGCUUGUGGCCUUCCGCGCACGCUACCACCUGGUGGACAAAGACCACGACAGUGCGGAAGGUAGCCACGUGUCGGGCCAGAGUAACGGCCGGGACCCCCAGGCGUUGGCCAAGGCAGUUCAGAUUCACUAUGACACCCAGCACACCAUGUACUUCGCCUGAGCACAUCAGCCGGUCCACCUUCGGACUUGUUUCCUGUCGUUACUUGCCAUGUUCUUCUUCUCUUGUGUCUUUCCCUGUCAUGUCUUCUUCCUCGUCACACUUGUCAUUCUCUGAAUCGGCACCAAAGCGGCUUUUGGGACGGGCGAAUCUGCCAUGUCUCGCUAUCUGUUGACCAGGACGCUCUCCAACCAGCGUUCCCGAUCAAGCCGCCUUUUAGAACCAGCAAAUGCAGCACCGCGAGCCCUGAGGGUUUCCCAAUGCAGACGAGGGGGAAACCCUCACGAAAAAAACAACAAAAAAAAAACAUGCACACUCACACGAUUUGAGCCAUUAUUUUGAGUUUUGUUUUUUUUUCUAUUUGAAUGUCUGGAUUCUUGUUUGUACACUGAGCAGAAAAGAGCUGACCGGCACGAUCUGUGUCGCCACUGCUCUUUAGCUCUCCCAGCUAAGCAGGACUCUUAUCUACUUUUACCUCAAAGCCCUUUUGGGCAAAAA